AGGCGGCAGAGGCGGAAGUGGGCUGGUCCGGGCGGAAGUAGGCGUUUCCGGGCAGAUGUUGCGUGAAAAGAGCGAGGUCAAGCUCCUUCGGAAUAUCUCGAGUGGACGCACGAAGACACGCUAAAGAUGUCUUUUGCCAGUGACAAGCUGUAUAACGGCUACCUGAGGACCAACAUGCCGACCAUUGUGAGCACGGUCAAAGUGAGAGAGAUGGUGGUCCAUUUGCCGUGUCUGACCGCUCACGACAGGGAGACCAUCGAGGCCAAGAGGGAGAUGUGUGGCAAUUUUGACGGCAUGGUUCUUCUUCUGGACUGCCUGAAAAGGAGGGAGAGCUGGCCCGAGCACUUUAUCAAAGCGCUGGAGAUGUGCGAGCACACCGGCAUCGCGGCUGAGGUCCGGGCGGAAUACGACACUCUGAGGGGCGCCCACAACUCCAACCCCAGCUCUCCUUCGCCAGCUGCGGAGGUGGCGAACGUCCAUCCAGCUUCAGACGAUCUUCACCUCCCCGUGCCCGAGACCAGAGCAGGUCACAGCCAGGCCGCCACACCCCCUCCGGAAACUGAAGCACAGCCUGAAGCUUCUGCGCUGGCUCCCGCGCCGGCUCCCGUGCCGGCUCCCGUGCCGGCUCCCGUGCCCGCGCCCGAGUCGCCCCCUAAGCCCGACCGAGCGUGUCUUCAAGAGAGCGCCGAGCCGUCUCCGGCUCGAUCCGUGCCGGAGGAGACCUCUCCGUCCGACUUCCUGGUUGUUUUGCACCCUGACCAAGUGCCAACUGAACAGAGCGACGUGGUCUCAGACGUGACCCCUGAUCAGCCCCCCGUGCAGAAAACCGACCCUCGGGUGGAAGAGGUCGUCACCCUGGAGGCAGAAGAAAAUUCCCAGGUGUGUUCAGUACCUGAUGCCACGCCGACCGAAAGUACAUCCGUGAGCUGCGCCCUCCCUGGGGGACUGAGCCUGCCCUGCCCACUUCUCAGCGCCCAACCGCCGACCACCUACUCCACCUACUCGGGCAACACGGACCGUCUGGAAAUCAGCGACUUUGCACAAGGAGAGACGAGCACCGAACCCGAGGAAAACCCCCCGGAGGAAGAGGAUGUGCGGGUGCACGUGAUGCACGUGACCCAGCAGCCGUCGCUCCUCGACCUCGACGGCAACGGCGCCGAACCCAAGGAAAACCCCCCGGAGGAAGAGGAGGCGCGGGUGCAGCCGUCGCUCCUCGACCUCAGCGGCCAGAGCGUCGGCAACGGCGACGCCUCCAAGGACGGCGCCCCCGCCGCCGAGGAGCCGGCGAACCCCUCCUCCGGCAGGCUGAGCGCCAACAGCAAGUACAUCCUGACGGCUCUGGGCGUGGGCGCCGGCGCACUGCUGAUGGCGUGGAAGUGGAAGCAUUAAGGUCCGGGGGCGGUGAAGGAAGCGUGCCUUAUUGUUGUGGCUCGUCUCUGCAGGUGUGUCUUUCAGCAGCUCACCUGUCCGGUUUCAGGUGAGUUACUGCGUGCGUAUUAGAAAUGUUUCCCAAGCACUUUGUCCUUGAGGCUGGUGGCCGCCAAGCCUUGUCGCUAUUAUCUUUAUUUAUUUGGACAUAAAUGCAUCUUAUGUUAAGCUAGCAUAGCUAUUAUCAAUUUAAUAGUCACUUUAAAUUAGCUUCCUUCCAUCUUAGCAUUUUUUAACAUUAAAGUAGAACCUGUAAGGCAGGGGGGUCAAAAAUGGUGUACAGGGUUACAGAACAGGAAAAGAUGGGGAAAAGGGUAAAAUGCUGGGGAAGAAGAUGAGUAAAAAAAUACAAUCUAGACUGGGCUCCUAAGGAGUUGGAAAAAACCUCCAUGCCAUGCACACAUAAACAUGAGUAGGGGCCCUGGAGGUCGACUGCUGCUAUAAAGCGCUGCCAACCGUCCAUCACACUGAAGGGGAAUCAAGCGGUGGUGAAGGUGUGGGGGGGGUUUGUAUAUGCCCAUUGUCUUGGGUGUGUUGAUGUAGUGUCCAUAGGCCUGGGGACGUUCUGCGUGCAAGCAAAAGUUCCACUCCAGGUGUCGUCGAGGAGGGAGGGAGGUUAAAAGCGUCCAUCAUUGAGGUGUCCUCGGGGGGAUGUUUUCAGAACAGCCUGCUCCUGUUGUUGCAUCAAGGCCAUUCGAGGGAGUCAAAUCGUAGAUUAGGAUUUUGUUUUCCCGAGAACAGACAUUUCAAUGGCUUGUCUGUUCUAUUCCCAUGGGGACAAUCAUAUCCAAUUUUUCCCCUUUCAACCAGCUUUUUCCAUGAUGUGAUCCAUCUUGCGAUUCAGUUCAGUUUUCUACGCUUUGUUUAGAUUACUGGAUUUGUUUUACGUAUAAUGUAGAGGAAAGAAAAAUAAUAAUUGUACUGUAAAAUAUACAUAGGUUUGUACUUGAAAUGGCAUGAAGGUACCACUGUUUGUUUGUUUUACGGUAAACAACUGGCAGCUCAUUUGCCAGAAUUUUACCAUAACAUUUACAGUGUCUUUUACUGUAAAUAGACAACCGCUUUUCUACAGUAAAAUUCUGGCAAGUGAAAAUAACUAGAUUGUACAGUGUAUUAAUGGUAUAACUCUACCACUGUUUUUUUUUUUUCAAUUAAAAAAAACUAGCAGCUCAGUUGCCAGAAUUUUACAAUAACAUUUACUGUUUGUUUGGUUUUUACUUGAAAUAGAAAUGUUUUUAUGGUAAAAUUCUGGUAAGUGAACAGCCAUUGUUUUGGGGUUUUUUUUUACCGUAAAAACAGCUGUAGAUUUUAUAGUGUAUACGUGCAAAUGAAAAAACGGUACCACUGUUUUUUUAAAUAAAGCUCAGUUGCCAGAAUUUUACUGUAAAAAAAAAUAGUAAAAUGAGCUGCCAUUUUUGAUUUGGCGUUAAAAACAACUACAGAUUUUAUAAUUUA